AUGGACUUCAAACCGCCAGCGCCACGUCCGCCGAGGGGCGCAGGCAGCGCGCUGCGCAAGCAGGCACUCAUGGGCGCGCACCGCACUACUGCCCAGCACAUCCCCACCGUGUUGGAGGACGAGCAAGCGGGUGGCAGCGAGCACGGCCUCGCAGAAGCGCGCCCGGAGCCCGACGCCGAGCACUGCGGGCGUCGUUCAGUGCAGCUGCGGGAUUGGAAGGACUAUUGGGACGAUAGAAAGUCCGUGGAGGUGCCUGGCAG